UCUCUGUUAGAGAGAGGUGUGCCUGAACCUCUGAACAGAACUUCUGACUCCUGAAAGAGAACGAGAGAGAAAAUGGGUUGUGAUUUGAAUCGUUUCCUUAUUCCUAUGAUCCUGUUGCGGAUCUGUGAAUAUGCAGUAGCUGCUUCUGCUUUUCCUAUUGCACUUCCUAAUUGCAGAGACCAUUGCGGAAACAUUAGCAUUCCUUACCCUUUUGGGAUAGGCAAAGGUUGUUACAAGAGCAAAUGGUUCGAGAUCGUCUGCAAAAGCUCAUCAUCAUCAUACCAACAACAAAUACUUUUCCUCCCAAGUAUUAAACGGGAAGUUACUUCCUUCAACUUGGGAAACUACUUCUCCAUAUCGGUUAGCAACAAGUUUUUCAUUAAGAGCCCAUUAAAGCAUACCGGUUGUCUCGGCAGGGAUGGUGAUUCAUCGUCGUCUUUGAAUCUGACGGACAGUCCAUUCUUCCUAUCAGAGAACAAUAUGUUCACAGCUGUUGGAUGCAACAACAAGGCGUUUAUGAACGCCACGGGGUUACAAAUUGUGGGAUGCAAGUCGACAUGUGGGAAUGAGAUACAGUCUUACAAAGGAGCUAACACGAGUUGUGUUGGUUACAAAUGCUGUCAGAUGACUAUACCAUCUCAUCUUCAAGAGUUUUAUGCAACCGUAGAGAAAAUAGAACCAAGUAAAGAAGGAUGUCAGGUUGCCUUCUUGACUCUAUCUUCCUUGUCAGGGUCCUUGUUCACACCUCCUGAAUUACUGGAGUACCGUAAAUACGCAAUAAUGGAGCUGGAGUGGCAUCUUAAUUCCCCCAUGACUUCAGAUGGUUUACUAUGCAAGCCAAAAACAUUUGCUGAAGAUGAUUAUAUGUGUUCGUGUUUAGAUGGCUACGAAGGAAAUCCCUACAUUCCUGCUCCUGGUGGAUGUCAAGAUAUUGAUGAAUGCAGCAAUGGACGUCAUAAUAAGUUAAAUAACUGUGGAAAGAAGAAGUGUGUGAACGUUCCUGGAUCAUUCAGAUGUGUGAAAACUUGGCCAGCAAUUAUGGGUGGAACUCUAAGUUCUGGAUUGUUGCUUUUGGUCGUUGGAAUGUGGUUGCUAUGCAAGGUUAGUAGAAAGUGGAAAACAGCCAAGCAGAAGCGGAAGUUCUUCAAACGAAACGGAGGUCUGUUGCUACAACAACAAACAUCCUUUCUUCAAGGCAGUGUUAACAGAACAAAACUAUUCAGCUCCAAUGACCUGGAGAAGGCAACAGAUAGAUUCAAUGCGAGCAGAAUACUAGGGCAAGGCGGGCAAGGUACAGUUUAUAAAGGAAUGUUGGAAGAUGGAAUGAUUGUCGCUGUCAAGAAGUCCAAAGCAUUGGAAGAAGAGAAUCUUGAGGAAUUCAUCAAUGAGAUCAUCCUUUUGUCACAGAUUAACCACCGAAAUGUUGUUAAGAUCUUAGGAUGUUGUCUAGAGACAGAGGUACCUGUGCUAGUGUAUGAGUUUGUUCCCAACCGCAACCUUUUCGAUCAUCUUCACAACCCAUCAGAGGAUUUCCCAAUGACUUGGGAAGUCCGAUUCCGCAUUGCCUGCGAAGUCUCAGAUGCCCUCUCCUACCUGCAUUCAGCCGCUUCUAUCCCAAUUUAUCACAGAGAUGUCAAGUCAACAAAUAUCUUAUUGGAUGAAAAGCACCGUGCAAAAGUGUCAGAUUUUGGAAUUUCGAGAUCUGUUCCUAUAGAUGAUACUCACUUGACAACAAAAGUGCAAGGAACAAUUGGAUACGUAGACCCAGAGUACCUUCAGUCAAGCCAUUUCACAGGGAAAAGUGAUGUCUAUAGCUUUGGGGUUUUGCUCAUUGAGCUUUUAACCGGAGAGAAACCUGUCUCACUUCUGAGGCGGCAAGAAGUCAGGAUGUUGGGUGCUUACUUCCUCGAAGCCAUGAGAAAUGAUAGACUUCAUGAGAUUCUCGAUGCUCGCAUCAGGGAAGAUUGUGAUCGAGAAGAGGUCCUUGCAGUAGCCAACCUUGCAAGAAGGUGUUUGAACUUCAACUCAGAACAUCGCCCUAUCAUGAGAGAUGUCUUUAUUGAACUAGAUAGGAUUCAAUCUAAGAGAAAAGACCCUCAAAGCCAAGUACAGAAUGGUGAAGAGUAUGCACACAUCCAGAUCGCAAUACCGGAGUCUAUGUCACUUAGUUACUCUUCUCCAAACAUAGUUGUUGAAAACAGCUCAUUCUCACUGGACUCAAAGCCACUCAUGCCUCACAAGACACAGUGACUGGAUAGCUAAAACUCUACAUAUACAUAUAUAUAUAUAUAUUAUAUAUAUAUAUAAUACAUUAA